AUGAUUCUAGCAAGAGGUGUGCCGCUGGAUCUGUCCGCGCGGUCUCUCACCCACGUUUACAACCAGGUGAGAAACAUGAGUCGGGAAGGUGAUCCUUUGGAACACACUUCAAUCGUAAGGCUUUGCAUACAAGCCAAGAGGGAGGCGAUAACACAAUGGAAAGAAAGAUUGACAAGCGUCCAUACUAUAACCGGAACGAGAGUCAGACAAGCCAUCAUUCCAUAUAUGAAAGAAUGGUACGAAAGAAGACACGGCAGCAUCAUUUUCCACAGUACCCAGAUACUAACGGGUCACGGAUGCUUUCAAGAAUACUUGUACAAAAUACGAAGAACGGCCUCUCCGGGCUGUAAACACUGCUGCGACGUAUCAGACUCGGCCCAGCACACUCUGGAGUUCUGUCCGGCCUGGGAACAGGAUAGGGCGGAGCUUCGGAGGGUGCUGGGACGUGGAGUGGGACUGGACAUUCGAUCGGUGAUCGCCGAGAUUGUCGAUAACCGAACAAAAUGGAAAGCCUUCAACGCCUUUUGUGGGAGG